AUGUCGGCAGAAACCACCCUCACUGGAGAUCCAGGGCCUUGCGGUAACAUGUUGAUGUUGACUUCGGAGUUUACUCCGCCGUCAGAAUCCAAUACACGCCGGGCUUUACCUCCAGACUCUCUACUACCUCCAGCACCAGCCUCUGUGUGUGACUACCUUGAAACUCUAUACUUGAACUCCAACCCAUCGUACGAUGACGGCAACGGUGUUGGUCGGGAUGUUGUAGACAACUUCCAGGAAGGUCAGCAACAAUCUUUGGCACCUGGGGGCGAUAUCCAGUGGGCAUUAUCACCUCCGAUGCCCUUUACCUUACUUGGCCCUGAAAGCCAUGGUUUAGAUGGUAAGAAUUAUGUUUCGUCGGAAACAAACAAAUUACGAAAGGUCUAA